AUGAUUGGAUGUGCCAUGUACGAAUUGGUUAAAGUUGGUCAUGAUAAUUUAGUUGGGGAAGUUAUUAGAAUUAAUGGUGAUAAAGCAACCAUUCAAGUUUAUGAAGAAACUGCAGGGGUCACUGUUGGUGAUCCAGUUUUAAGAACUGGUAAACCAUUAUCUGUUGAAUUAGGUCCUGGCUUAAUGGAAACUAUUUAUGAUGGUAUUCAAAGACCUUUAAAAGCCAUUAAAGAUGAAUCCCAAUCUAUUUAUAUCCCAAGAGGUAUUGAUGUUCCUGCUUUAUCAAGAACUGUUCAAUAUGAUUUCACCCCAGGUCAAUUGAAAGUUGGUGAUCAUAUCACUGGUGGGGACAUUUUUGGUUCUAUUUAUGAAAACUCUUUAUUGGAUGACCAUAAGAUUUUGUUACCUCCAAGAGCAAGAGGUACUAUUACUUCUAUUGCUGAAGCCGGUUCUUAUAAUGUUGAAGAACCAGUUUUGGAAGUUGAAUUUGAUGGUAAGAAACAUAAAUACUCUAUGAUGCAUACUUGGCCAGUUAGAGUUCCAAGACCAGUUGCUGAAAAAUUGACUGCUGAUCAUCCAUUGUUGACCGGUCAAAGAGUCUUGGAUUCUUUAUUCCCAUGUGUUCAAGGUGGUACUACUUGUAUUCCAGGGGCUUUUGGUUGUGGUAAAACUGUUAUUUCUCAAUCUUUAUCCAAAUUCUCCAACUCUGAUGUUAUUAUCUAUGUUGGUUGUUUCACUAAAGGUACUCAAGUCAUGAUGGCUGAUGGUGCCGACAAAUCUAUUGAAUCUAUUGAAGUUGGUGACAAAGUCAUGGGUAAAGAUGGUAUGCCAAGAGAAGUUGUUGGCUUACCAAGAGGUUAUGAUGAUAUGUACAAGGUUCGUCAACUUUCUAGUACUAGACGUAAUGCUAAAUCCGAAGGCUUGAUGGAUUUCACUGUUUCUGCUGAUCAUAAACUUAUCUUGAAAACUAAACAAGAUGUCAAGAUUGCUACACGUAAAAUUGGUGGCAACACCUAUACUGGUGUUACUUUCUAUGUUUUGGAAAAGACUAAGACUGGUAUUGAAUUAGUUAAAGCCAAGACUAAAGUUUUCGGUCAUCAUAUCCAUGGUCAAAAUGGCGCUGAAGAAAAAGCUGCUACUUUUGCUGCUGGCAUUGACUCUAAAGAAUACAUUGAUUGGAUCAUUGAAGCUAGAGAUUAUGUACAAGUUGAUGAAAUUGUCAAGACCAGCACCACUCAAAUGAUCAACCCAGUUCAUUUUGAAUCUGGUAAACUCGGUAACUGGUUACACGAACACAAGCAAAACAAAUCACUUGCUCCACAAUUGGGUUACUUGUUGGGUACUUGGGCUGGUAUUGGAAAUGUUAAAUCUUCUGCUUUCACCAUGAACUCCAAAGAUGAUGUUAAAUUAGCUACAAGAAUUAUGAACUACUCUUCAAAAUUGGGCAUGACUUGUUCUUCUACUGAAUCCGGUGAACUCAAUGUCGCUGAAAACGAAGAAGAAUUUUUCAAUAACCUUGGUGCUGAAAAGGAUGAAGCUGGUGAUUUCACUUUUGAUGAAUUUACCGAUGCUAUGGAUGAAUUGACUAUCAAUGUUCAUGGUGCAGCUGCAAGCAAGAAGAACAAUUUGUUGUGGAAUGCUUUGAAAUCUCUUGGUUUCAGAGCCAAGUCUACUGAUAUUGUCAAGAGUAUUCCUCAACAUAUUGCUGUUGAUGAUAUUGUUGUCAGAGAAUCUUUGAUUGCCGGUUUAGUUGAUGCUGCUGGUAAUGUUGAAACCAAAUCCAAUGGUUCUAUUGAAGCUGUUGUUAGAACUUCUUUCAGACAUGUCGCUAGAGGUCUUGCCAAGAUUGCUCAUUCUUUGGGUAUUGAAUCAUCUAUUAAUAUUAAAGAUACUCACAUUGAUGCUGCUGGUGUUAGACAAGAAUUUGCUUGUAUUGUCAAUUUGACUGGUGCUCCACUUGCUGGUGUUCUUUCUAAAUGUGCACUUGCAAGAAACCAAACCCCAGUUGUCAAAUUCACCAGAGACCCAGUUUUGUUCAACUUUGAUUUGAUCAAAUCUGCAAAAGAAAACUAUUAUGGUAUUACUUUGGCUGAAGAAACUGAUCAUCAAUUCCUUUUAUCCAACAUGGCCUUGGUACACAACUGUGGUGAACGUGGUAAUGAGAUGGCUGAAGUUUUGAUGGAAUUCCCAGAAUUGUUUACUGAAAUUUCUGGUAGAAAAGAACCAAUUAUGAAACGUACCACUUUGGUUGCCAAUACUUCUAAUAUGCCAGUCGCUGCCAGAGAAGCUUCUAUUUAUACUGGUAUUACAUUGGCUGAAUAUUUCAGAGAUCAAGGUAAGAAUGUUUCUAUGAUUGCUGAUUCUUCUUCACGUUGGGCUGAAGCUUUGAGAGAAAUUUCUGGUAGAUUGGGUGAAAUGCCUGCUGAUCAAGGUUUCCCAGCUUAUUUGGGUGCUAAAUUGGCUUCUUUCUAUGAGCGUGCCGGUAAAGCCACUGCUUUGGGUUCACCAGAUAGAGUUGGUUCAGUUUCUAUUGUUGCUGCUGUUUCUCCAGCUGGUGGUGAUUUCUCUGAUCCAGUUACUACUUCUACUUUGGGUAUUACUCAAGUUUUCUGGGGGUUGGAUAAGAAAUUGGCCCAAAGAAAACAUUUCCCAUCUAUUAAUACCAGUGUUUCUUAUUCUAAAUACACCAAUGUUUUGAACAAAUACUAUGAUUCCAACUAUCCAGAAUUCCCACAAUUGAGAGACAAAAUUAGAGAAAUUUUAUCUAAUGCUGAAGAAUUGGAACAAGUUGUUCAAUUAGUUGGUAAAUCUGCAUUGUCUGAUUCUGAUAAGAUUACUUUAGAUGUUGCUACCUUGAUUAAAGAAGAUUUCUUGCAACAAAAUGGUUAUUCUUCAUAUGAUGCAUUCUGUCCAAUUUGGAAGACUUUUGAUAUGAUGAGAGCAUUUAUUUCAUAUUAUGAUGAAGCACAAAAAGCAAUUGCUAAUGGUGCUCAAUGGUCUAAAUUAGCUGAAAGUACUAGUGAUGUUAAACAUGCUGUUUCUUCAGCUAAAUUCUUUGAACCAUCAAGAGGUCAAAAAGAAGGUGAAAAAGAAUUUGGUGAUUUAUUAACCACUAUCUCCGAAAGAUUUGCUGAAGCUUCAGAAUAA